GUAUCGUAUCGCGUGCCACUGCCAGUAUUGCCAGGUUUUGCUUUUGCUCGCUCUUCACUCACUGUGCGAAGUGCAUGUGCCUUCUGUCAUAAUCAAUCCUCUCUAGACUUAGGCCAUAUUUCUCAUUAAACAUUAAACUAGAUAAUAAUGUUAAUAAAACUAAGUGUCAUUUGUGUCCUUAUACACAUCGGCUAUGUGCGGAACGAACGGCUGGACUGGGAUUUGGCAGUCGUAGUAGGCAAUGAAAUCAGUCUUCUUCACACAGAUGGAACUAUUUUCGAAUCAAAAACACAGCCCUUCAGUUCGCUAAAGGCGCUAGCUUAUGACGAUGUCAGAGACCAAUUCAUCGUUAGUGAUAUGGACAUGAAAAAUGACACAAUUUAUACUGUACAACUAUCCAAAGAGACUGAUAAAACUGUACCAAUCGUCAACGGUCUUCCAGGUGACGUACAGGGAUUGGCUGUUGAUCCUAUAGAAGACGUGUUAUAUUGGACUGACGCUAUUAACCAUACCAUCAACUAUGUACUUUUAAAUGAAACGACAUUCGAACCAAAAGAAUUUUUGGUUUUCGAAGAAGAAGUUCCUCAUGCUCUCGCCAUUGAUGUUUGUAAACGAUACUUAUAUUUCACAAACCCUGGACACACACCUACCAUUGAGCGUAUCAAACUUGACAAAUCAGAACGAGAAGUGAUUGUUGACAAUCUCAUCAUGUCCCCAGUGGGGCUUACAAUUGACUACAAAGCUCAAAAACUCUACUGGGUUGACAGUCGCAUAGGAACUUCAUCAGGAAGGAUAGAAAGCAUCAAUCUAGACAAAACCAACAGACAAAUAGUAAUUGAAAGGAACACCAUGGAACCAUUUGGCAUAGCAGUAGAUGAAGAAGCCAUCUAUUGGACCGACACAAACAACAACGCACUUUACAGCUCCUCAAAAAACGGAAAAGGAAUGAUCAAGCUACGUAGUUUUCCUGGUAAACCCAUGGGAUUGGUUUCAAACAACAAUAUCAUUAAAGAGGAGCCAGACUGUUCGGCACUAGAAGCAGCAAUAAAAGAGUACCACCAGAAGGAUAAAGAAGCAGAGCCGAUACCAGUAGUUGAAAAGGAUGAGGUCAAGGAAUGCCUCAAUGAUGGGGAGCUGGAGGGAAAUCACUGCAUCUGCAAAAGAGGUUUUACUGGGAUCAGAUGUGAAAGCUCGAUAUGCAGCGAGUUUUACUGUCUGAACGGCAACUGUUAUUUGUCCACUUUGGGGAAACCUCAGUGCCAUUGCAAGAGAGGGUUCCUCGGUGACAGGUGUCAACAGAAUAAAUGCGACAGAUUCUGCUUGAAUGGUGGGGAAUGCAGCUUGUUUUCCACGAGGGAUCUGCCGAAAUGCCGAUGUGCUGAAGGAUUUUUGGGUGAUAGGUGCGAAUACAACAUCCAAAUCUGUGACAUGUACUGCCAGAACAUAUCAAAUGCAGGGUUUUCAGAUAAAUUCGAGUCGCUGUGCAGGUGCACCGAAUACUCUGGAUUUUCUGGCAACAAGAUCGCCGCUCUCCAGGCGCCUGCCGACCAAGGCGACUUCCUCGACCGGCUCAAAGACCCCGUGGUCUACCUCUCCGCCGUCGUCCUCUUCUGUCUGCUGGUGAUCAUCGCCAUGGGCGUGUACAUCCGCACGGUGCAGAAGAAGCGACCCCGGAUCAAGAAGCGCAUCAUCGUGAACAAGAACGUGACGCCGCUCACUUACAGACCGCAGCCCAGCUCGGAGCAGUGCGAAAUCACCAUCGAGAACUGUUGCAACAUGAACGUCUGUGAAACGCCUUGUUUUGAACCAAGGGAAGACAAAAAGAAACUUCUCACCAACAUGGAAGGCGACGAACUGUACUAAAAUCUAUCUCGAUAAGAUAGGCUGUGACUGUAUAAAGUAUUAAGCAUUGUUAAGUUUUAAUAUUUAUAUUUAUGAAUCAAAGACUCUGUACAUUUGACUCUUAUAUCAGCAUUGUGUUCAAAGAAAGGAUUUUCACAAAUUCCGAAAGUGUGAACUGAAGAGAUCGCGAUCUAAUAGAUAUUUUCGGGGAUUGCCAUGACAAUUCAUGGAUUCUUGAUUUCCUCAGAUCAGCUACUUAAUGUCGACGAAUAUACUUAAUUUCAUCUUGUUACCAUGUUUAUACAGUGUGACCCAUUUAAGACUGGAGCACCCUCAUAAAAUCUAUAGUCCUUCUGCUGAAACAAAAAGAAAGAAAUUGGUUAAAAACUAUAGAUUUUAUAAGGGUGCUCCGGUCUCAAGUGGGUCACACUGUAUAAUAUUUUUCGGCUGAAGAUUCUCCGAAACCAAAGGGUGUCCAUGAAAAAUAUUGGAGUAGUAUGCUAAACUCUUGAUUUGGUGUUUUUAUUUGUUAUAAAUCUUCUUUUGAUUUGACAAAUCUGAUUAUUUUGAAGUAGGUAUUCAAUAAUGCAGCUGAAGAAUUUGAUGAAUGAACAAAUUUCACUGCCAAUAGUUGACACUUAUGAGUUUACAUCUUCAAAACAAAUAUUUUCCAUGGAAUUUUAAUAUUUAUAAUUACUUAGUUUUUGAUCAUUUGUUUCCAAUGAGAACUUAAUCUAACUUAAUUUAUUGGUUUAGGCUAGAGAGGGUUGUGAUUGUAGUGAAUUUUCACUUGGCCAAUAUUUGCUGAGAGAGAUCACAUUGAACUAGAAAGACAAAAUUGUCAAGACCUAAAAUUUUGAUUUUCAAAAUGUUUCAUAUUGUGACAUUGUCUAACAGUUGUGAUCUUAUUUUUGGUCCUUAUUACUUACUUUUUUGUAAGAAAACUCGUGGUUUGUAAUAUCCACAUCAGAUAUGUGAUAUUAUAAUCUAAGUAGGUACAUAGAUAAUUUUGUAUCAAAAUUUUAGAGAAAAUAAAAUAAUUUAUU